AUUUUUGAAAAGCUUAAUAAAUGUAUUAUUAAUUCUGUACUGCUCUAUAGUUUACCAGGUAGCUUCUCACAUGAUAUUGCUCCCUUUAGAAAUACCAUUGCUUAUCUUAGCCUCUUCAUCAAAGACCUCAAGAAAUAGCAAGAGACAAAACAGUUUGGGUACUUGUUAGCAAUGGUAAGGCAUUGGCUAAGGAGCCAGAUGUGAAGUUUAGUAGACUUUUUAAUCAGUUUACUUUUUUAGUAGUAGCUAGUUAAUGGUUUCAGUUUAAGAACACAUGUUAAAAUAUUUAUUAAUCCACUUGAACUUCUUUAUGGCCUGUUGCUUCCUUCAGGGGCUACACAAGUAAUAAAUUUAAUCAUGUGUCUUUACUCUGAGAGGCACAAAAUAGCUUUACCCUAGUGGCCUUGUUAUUAGAUGUUUCUGUAUUCAUAGAUCUUUGCUGUGUCUAUAUCUUGCACACUGAUAUCUCUUGUUAUGAAAAAGCUAUUCUGAUACUCAUGUUAAUAUGUCAAUCAUCUUUCUUGCUUUUCUACAAUAUGUGUCUGUGUAUAGAGUUUGUGUAUAUAUGUGAAUGCUUGUUAAGUCAAGAAUAUCACAGAAUGUUUUCCAGUUUUUGGUUCAACAUAUUACAUUCCAUAUCAACUCAAAAGUUAAAAAAGCAAUAAAUUCUUUUAGAAUGGUGAAUCAAUACUGACCACGAAUGAUUACAAACUUCUGUAUAUCAGAAUCCUUUCAAUUUAACAUAAUUUAGGCAGUUAACUUCCUUGUAGGUGGAAUAAAAAAUUUGCCUGAAAAUUUAGCUUAACUCAGUAAGGCCAGAUAACUGAAAUCGGACUUUUCUCACCAUAAUCGUCUUUUCUCCUCAUUUCCACCCUCCUCCCCUUGCCCCUGCCAGUUCUAAAGUGAUUGUAGGUAAAUAUGGAAAACUGAGAACAACUGGCUGGGCUUGAAGUCAUCCUGACUUCAAAUUACAUAAAGAUAAAUCCAGAACUCAUUUAUGUUGCAAUCUGUUGUUUCAGGUAUUUAAACUAGCCAAAGACAAUUUCAGACCUAUAUAAUGUAACAGAAAAGGUCAGAAAACAUUAGGCAAUAAAGUGUGGAGCAUAUUAAGCAAGAUGAACAUCUCGGGAAGCGGCUGUGGAAGUCCUGGUUCUGCAGAUGUAUCUAAUGACUUUAAGGAUCUUUGGACAAAACUAAAGGAGUGUCAUGAUAAAGAAGUACAAGGUUUGCAAGUAAAAGUAACCAAACUGAAAAAGGAACGAAUUUUAGAUGCACAGAGACUAGAAGAAUUCUUCACCAAAAAUCAACAGCUGAGAGAGCAGCAGAAAGUGCUUCAUGAAACCAUUAAAGUUUUAGAAGAUCGACUAAGAGCAGGAUUAUGUGAUCGCUGUGCAGUAACUGAAGAACAUAUGCGGAAGAAACAGCAAGAGUUUGAAAACAUCCGGCAGCAGAAUCUUAAACUUAUCACAGAGCUUAUGAAUGAAAAGAAUACUCUACAGGAAGAAAAUAAAAAGCUUUCUGAACAGCUGCAGCAGAAAAUUGUGAAUAAUCAACAUCAAGCAACUGACCUUGAAUCUGAGGAAGAUGUUAUUCCAGAUUCGCCAAUAACAGCCUUUUCAUUUUCUGGUGCUAACCGGCUACGAAGAAAGGAGAACCUCCACGUCCGAUACGUAGAACAAACACAUACUCAACUGGAGCACUCUGGGUGUGCAAAUGAAUUGAGAAAAGUUCCAAAGUCUUCAACUCAUCCACAACAUAAACCUAAUGAAACUGAAAUUCUAGUGGCUGACACUUGUGAUCAGAGUCAAGCUCCAGUGGCUAAAACACAUGGAACAAGCAGUUACCCUACUGACAAUUUAGCUACAGUUGUUGCUGAAACACUUGGUCUUAGCCUUCAAGAAGAAUCUGAAUCUCGAGGCCCCAGGAGCCCUCUUGAUGAUGAACUCUACCACUGUCUGGAAGGAGAUAACAAGAAACCACCUUUUGAGGAAUCUAGAGGAAAUAGUGAAGAUAGUUUAAGAUUUUCAGAUUCUAAUUCAAAGACUCCUCCUCAAGAAGAACUGACUACUCGGGUAUCAUCUCCUGUAUUUGGAGCUACCUCUAACGUGAAAAGUAGUUUAGGUUUGAAUACAAGUUUGUCCCCUUCUCUUUUAGAGACUGGGAAAAAGACCCAUCUGAAAAUAGUGCCUUUCAGCAGCACUUCUCAUUCUAGAUCAGAGAAACUUAGAUCAAAAUCUGAAGACAGUGCCUCUUUCACACAUCAUAAUCUUGGGUCUGAAGUGAACAAGAUCACCAACCAGUCAUCUUCUAAUAAGCAGAUGCUUAUAAAUAAAAAUAUAAGUGAACCCACAAUGGGACAGGAUAGUAUUGAUCCCAUUAAAGAUACUGUUACUGAUAAACAUGUGGUACCCUUGAAAUCAUUGGUAGGCAGAACCAAAAGGAAGAAAAUCGAGGAAGAAAGUGAAGAUGAAGUAUGCUGCCCCCAGGCCUCUUUUGAUAAAGAAAAUGCUUUUCCUUUUCCACUGGAUAGUCAUACUAACAUGAAUGGAGACUAUGUGAUGGAUAAACCUCUGGAUCUGUCUGAUCGAUUUUCAGCUGUUCAGCGUCAAGAGAAAAGCCAAGGAAGUGAGACCUCUAAAAUCAGAUUUAGGCAAGUGACUCUCUAUGAGGCUUUGAAGCCUGUUCCAAAGGGCUCUUCCUCAAGCCGUAAGGCCUUGAGUGGAAGCUGUGGGUUAACCAAAGAUUCCCCAGAAGAGCCCUGUUUACAGGAGUCCCUCCUCCAGUCUUUGAAUAAAUCUCCGGAUAAUAAAACACUGUUACAAAUAAAGGAAGAAAAUCCUAUCUUUAAAAUCCCUCUACGUCCACAUGAAGGUUUGGAGACAGAGAAUCUUUUUGAUGACAUGAAGGGUGCUGGUUCUCAUGAGCCAAUAAGAAUCAAAACCAGGCCAGUCCAUGGAGCAUGUGAACUUGCAUCAGUUCUUCAGUUAAAUCCAUGUAGAAUUGCUAAAACAAAGUCUCUGCCAAACAACCAAGAUGUAUCCUUUGAAAAUAUCCAGUGGAGUAUAGAUCCUGGAGCAGACCUUUCUCAGUAUAAAAUGGAUAUUACUGUGAUAGAUACAAAGGAUGGCAGUCAGUCAAGAUCAGCAGAAGAGACAGUGGACAUGGACUGUACAUUGGUUAGUGAAACUGCGCUUUUAAAAAUGAAGAAGCAAGAGCAGAAGGGACAAAAAAGUCCAAACGGAGAAAGAAAAAUGAACGAUAGUUUGGAAGAUUUGUUUGAUCGGACUACACAUGAAGAAUAUGAAUCCUGUUUGGCAGAUAGCUUCCCUCAAGUAGCAGAUGAAGAGAAGGAAUUGUCAGCUUCUACAAAGAAGCCAAACACUCAUGGUGAUAAACAAGAUAAAGUCAAACAGAAAGCAUUUGUGGAGCCAUAUUUUAAUGAUGAAAGUAUUAUGCAGAUUUUCCAGCAGAAGAAAGAGAAAAGAAGUUGGCUUCCUGCUCUAGACACCGAUUCCGCUACAUUCCACCCAACACACCAGAGAACUUCUGGGAAGUUGGUUUUCCUUCCACUCAGACUUGUAUGGAAAGAGGUUACAUUAAGGAAGAUCUUGAUCCUUGUCCUCGUCCAAAAAGACGGCAGCCUUACAAUGCAAUAUUUUCUCCGAAAGGCAAGGAGCAGAAGACAUAGAUGUUGAAGCAAAAACAGAAGAGGGCAGUCUUUUUCUUUAGUUAUUUAUAGUUAAAGUCGGUAUUAAACACUGAUUUUUUGAUCUUCUAUAAACUGAUUUAUAAAUCAUUUUUCUAUUGAAAAUGUUUUUAAAUGGCAUUUACCUACUACGCAGACAACUAUUUAAAAUGUGGAUAAGUUUAUGUUGUAUUUUCUUGCUCUGCACCUUUAAAAUAAGGUGCUUUCAUUUUGCACUCUUAAGUUAAGAGCUGUUUAUUUACUUUUAAUACCCAAUUACAAUUUUGAAAAUA